AUGGCGUCGGGGGACGCCGAGAUGCACGAACUUAACGAGCCAUGGGCAAUAUGGGAGCAGCUUGAGGAAUUUUGGGGUUACUGGAAUAACAUCCCAUCACCCAGCCAGGUUCUGUUUGAUGGAUUCACCCGCAAGAAAUUUGCAGACCGCACAGUAGAAGGCUUUGCAGUGUUUAAAGAAGGCAUCGUUCCUGAGUGGGAGGACCCGGAGAAUAAGAAUGGUGGCGAGUGGUCAAUUCGAAAAGAUGUGGGGGCUCAAGAACUAGAUGAAUAUUGGGAAAGGUUAGUGCUUGGAGCCAUCGGAGAGUUGAUUGACCCAGGCAACGAAGUGACUGGCGUUCGUGUAGUUCAUAAGAAUAAUAAAAAAGACAAGAAGGACUCUGGCAAUAACUACCGGUAUGAAAUCUGGCUGCGGGGCUUAAGCCGUAUUAAGGCCGAUGAGAUUCGCAAUAGGACAUUGGAUGUGGUAAACUCCAACAACUCCGGCGCACCAUGGUUAUCAAAUGAGUUCUCGUACAAAAAACACUAA